AUGGCUCAUUUGAAACGAACGAACCGCCGUUGUACGACAUUAUUUCUUGAUAAAUUCGCUUUUCGAGAUCAAUAUGGAUUUCUUAAAGAUCCACGACAGGAGAAAGCCGAUGAUUUCACAUCGAUAAAUGCUAUUUCGUCCUCUGACAAUGAGAAAACGGAUAUCGAAUUGGAUAAGAUGAAUGUCGAGAUAAGCGAGAUGUUACGUGGUUUGGAAUUACGAAAGCGUGCGUAUUAUGUCAAUAUGCCGAAUCAUGUCUAUGUUAUUGGAGGUUAUCUAUUUGAUCCGUUUCGUAAGGAGCGUCGACCACCGGGCAAUGAUUGGAGAUGGGAUAUGGAUGAGAAAAAACUAGAGAAAAUACCGCCGAUACCAGGUUAUGGACGAAUUAAUUUUGGUAUAGCAGCAAACAACGGAAAAGUUGUUGUUAUUGGAGGAAAUACAAUCUUGAAUAAACCCACUGAGACGUGUUACGUUUACGAACAAAAUGAUGAACAAUGGCAGAUGUUACCGUCACUGCCCAAUCCAUUGUGUGGUACGAUGAAUUUGCAGUUUUAUGAUUUAUUUUCUAUAGAAUAUAGUUUAGGUUCUGCCGUGACACUUGAUGAGAAGGAUACUUUGUAUGUUUUCGGUGGCUAUGAUUUACUUUCAGGGAAUGUUCAAUUUCGAAAUGAUCUCUUGCAACUUGAAGAUCUAACCGCCAAAAGAUGGAUCAAAUUGAAAAAUACAUUUAAUAUCGAAGAUAAAUCUCAAACUGUUCUGCCGCGCGCACGUGCAUUACUUGUUGCGUGUGGAGAUGAUGUAUUGCCACCCGAUGGUGGUUUAUUUGCGUGCGGCGGAUAUCAUAAAUCACCUACAGGAGACUUAAUUCCUGUUCCGGAAAUCUUAUGUUAUGAUAAAUCAACAAAAGAUUGGAUAUUUUUGUCGAGUAUACCAAACCUUAAAAAAAUGAAUGUGUUCUCAGUUGAUAAUAACGUCUUGGUUAUAUCCGAUAAAGUUACGACUGAAGAAGACGAAGAACUUAUACCGAUAUCCAAAUAUGAUUUCACAAAUCGAAAAUGGAUAAUGAUAGAUCAAAAAGAGAUCGAAGAAACUCCAAUCGUAAAAACAGAAGCAGAUCAAUGA